CGCUUUUGGUAGUCGGGGAAUUGAUGUGACCAGGAUUCCGUCUGGGAGUGACCAAAGCAAGGUGGGGCCCGCCGGGGUCGAGCUCAACCGCGUGGGCCGAAUGACCAGGAGAAGUACCACAGUACAGGAAAGCGGAGGAGAACUGUGGACGAUAAGAGACGUGAGGCUACGUCGUAACUUGGACGCGCGGUCGGUCGGCAGGGUCGCGGCACGGAGGGAGGGAGGAAGGAGCAGGGACGCAAUGAAUUCCAGGAGGUACUGAAUUAUUGGGAGAGAGAGCGAAUGGAGGACGAUCUCGAAUUUGGCGUGGAGGAGGAGGACGAGGAGGUGAAUAGUCUUGCUCGGGGAUAGGGCAGAUUUGAAUGGUGGAUGUGCGAUUUGCGCACGACGUGAGAGAGAGGAGAGAGAGAGAGGGACGGAGGGAGGGAGAGAGUGAGAGGGCUUGAUUGAUUGAUGGAUUGAUUGAUUGGUUGAUUAGAGGUUGCUGGAUUUGCGCAUUACGAGAGCAUAGGCGGUGGAAUUGGAGGAACAGGUCGGGUCUGUUGACUCCUCCUGGGCAAGGUUUACGCGAAACAGUGCCGAUGGUGGCCUGCAACAAGAUCGGAAUUUUCCGUUCGGAAGGUCGGGUGGAAGGAAUUUGUGGCCGGCGCCUUUGAUUGCUUCACCGGAAUCAGUCACGGAUGCAUGAGACGUUCCGAGAGCUGCGUGUCUUCGGUGCAAGGAAAUAUUGACAUUUGGAGAACUGGCGUACUCUUCAAAUAAUGUUUUGCGGGUACGACAGAAAGCUCUCUCAAAAUCAACAACCUAUGAGAGCGACAAGUACAAAGGAAUUACUGUCCACACGACGGGAAGUUAGUAGUGUAAUGAGAGCUCAACAACAGCAACAACAGAUAGUUCUCACUGGGCCCGUUGCCAUUCUGUGGGACAUCGAAAAUUGUCCAGUUCCCUCAGAGGUGAAAGCAGAAGAUGUGGCCGGGAACAUUCGCAUGGCACUUCGUUUACAUCCAGUAAUCGAAGGGGCAGUGACGUUGUUUUCUGCCUAUGGAGAUUUCAAUCAUUUCCCGAGGAAAGUCAGAGAAGGUUGUCAAAGGACCGGCGUGAAUCUUAUUGACGUUCCCAAUGGGAAGAAAGAUGCUUCAGACAAGGCGAUACUUGUGGAUUUGUUUCUCUUUGCUCUUGACAAUCCUCCUCCUUGUACAAUCUUUUUGAUUUCUGGUGAUGUUGAUUUUGCCCCAGCCCUACACAAGCUUGGGCAGAGAGGUUAUACGGUAGUGCUUGCUAUACCAUCAGGGGUGCCAGUUUCAUCUGCCCUCUGCAGUGCUGGUCGCUUUGUGUGGUACUGGCCCAGUGUCGCAAGAGGAGAGGGUCUUGUGCCUGCCAAGUCCUUCGUAUAUCGAGUUGGUCCCGAAGAGAAGAACUGCGAGAUCAGUUCGUCUGUAUGCCAAGCUUGGAGCCCGAGCGAUGACUCGGACCCUGCUAGUGAUGAGCUUGUUUACGGGGAAGAGCAAAUUGUUUGGAAAUCUUCCAAAACACAGCAUGAGAAUGUCAUCGCCGAUGGUUCUGCAUCUAGAAUGGUUCCUUCUGCACUCUAUGGCUCGAUGUCCAUACAGGUUACAUCGCAGGUCACGUCCCAGGCGUGUGCUGUGGGGCCAGUGCCUGUAUACUGGGGAGAAAAUACUUCGACUCAAGGAAGUUAUGUUUAUGGCCCCAGCGGUGCACCGCAUCCGUCCGGUUACGUAAAGCCAUCACAGGGAGCUGCUUCUCGGGAAGGAAACACAGGUGCUGUUUCACGAGAAGGAAGUACCGCUGCGAGGCAUUUGGCUGAAUCUGUCGAGGCUGAUUGCAGAGGAAGUAAUGCGGCGGGGCCUGCAUCCCUCGGUGGGCUGCUCAACCUCAGAGAGCAACUGGUGAAACUGAUUAGCUUUCACGGAGGUAAGUUAGAGCUGGUUCGCGUACCACCGGAGUACUCGAGACAUUACGGCAGACCUUUGUACUUAGCGGAGUAUGGCUACACAAAGCUAGUGCCAAUGCUCGAAAAAAUGCGAGAGUGGAUGUACAUAAGAGGAGAAGGGACCUACAAAACUUUGCACCUAACUAAGACUGGAUUCCGCGUCGCUGCGAAGCUCAAACGUGACGCUCGGGUCAGUCGUGCUGUGACUGGAGAGGAGACUGAGGUCAGUGUGUGCCAGAAGAUACCCUCAGACGAGUCCAUCUAUGCAGAGAAGAUACCCUCAGACGAGUCCAUCUAUGCAGAGAAGAUACCCUCAGACGAGUCCAUCUAUGCAGACAACGAAGUCGUUUUGGAAGAUGGAGUGGCUGCCUGUCCAACGAAAGAUAUACAGACGUUCACCGAGAAGGACGAACCAUCUGCAAAGACCAUAGUAGCGGAUCUACCUUCGGAUGUGGAGGCUCUGAUUCCUACAUACGGUUGGAGGUAUGACUCUGGUGAUGAGAAACGUACUGAUUCACAGGAGGAGAAGGAUGUCAGGGUGGAUGACAGCGCCAGUGAGCUAGUGGAUAUCACUAAUGAGAUUCUUGAGGAUACCAACAGUGAGGAUCUUAUUGUCGAAGCCAGUCUCGAUUCGGAAGAUCCAUGUGUUGAGAUCAGGCUCCAGGUUUUUAGACAGGAGUUGCAGGAACUUCUUGUGAGUCAUGCGUGCAAGAUAUGCAUGGCUAGCUUUUUGGCUCUUUAUGAGCAACGCUACUCUCGAGCUUUGGAUUGCCCAUCUUUUGGAGUUCAGGAGCUGGAGUCCUUGAUUGAGAAGGUCAAUGAUGUAGCCGUACUGAUGGAGGAUCCUGGCAGUAAAUUCAAAUACGUGGUGGCCAGUUGUGUUAACUGAGCUCGACCAUGGUGUUUGAGAAACCUCAGCGCACAGAGGCUCUUCUGAUAUCAAAACACACAUCAUUUGGACGGUGGAUACUUGCUCUGGGCAGCGGAUAUCUUCAGUAUGGACGUUUCAGGACCUUUCCUGGUUGUCAUGUCGGUGGCCGGCUACUUUCUGACUGGUGGAUUCCAACCGUUGGCCAUGUUGUCAAGCAGUUAGAUAUCGGUGUGCAGCAAUACGUCAAAUCCCUCCUCUUCCUCUUUCGGAUCUUUUUUUAUUCUCAGCUGAGAAUUUUUAUUCUCAGCUGAGAAGGUUUUCUACUUUCUGAGAAACAUUCAGUACGGAGUUCCAUCAGCGGAUCAGCAUCGAGUCGCGUAAUCUACACAGUUUGUUCACAAAUUUUAAGCUGAACAUUCAACAGGUUGUGGAUUUGAGACUAGUGUGUAAAGUUUACUGACCUCAUAUGAAGGGUCUUCGGUUUGACGACGUUCCUGUCGAACAGGACGAUGGAUCCGCACCCGAUUCUUCAGUUUGGUCUCUCGAUCAAUGUGUGCAUGAAGUACGGACCACCAAAGGCAUUUCACAUGUUUACGGGUUUUCAUUGGGCAAAUUGGAAGGAGUUUUUUUAGCUGGUUAGGCUACUUUCAGCAGCACAUAGUCUGCUCACCCAUACUCACAUGGACGGUACUACGUAAACUCAACAGCUUCAGUUUAUGAAGCCGUAUGAUAGCAAGGGGUUACAUGCACCGGUACCUUGACCUCAACCUGUUUCCGAUUAGUCUCUGCUGCUCACUAGACCGGAACGUUCCUCAAUGUCCACUCGGGAACGUUUCGGAUUGUAUAGAAAGAAGGGAGUUCAUCUCAACUCAUGAAGUUUGUUCACGAAUUUUAGAUGCUGAACAAAUACCAGUUCCAUUCUGCAUAAGCAGAGUCAUCACUUUGUUUCAAAUUUGUCAUUUAACUAGGAAUCAGCAAGUCGCGUCACUUUAAUCCAUGUCCUUUAGACUCCAGCGGAGGGAUUGGACCAUCGUCAAGUGUAGUAAGGCUCAUGUGUUACCUUUGUAGUAUCGUUAUCCUAAGGGUUCCCGUAGAAGGAAAGUGUUCUGACUGAACACUUUCCUCAGUCAGGUUAAGUAUACAAUGUUUUAUGUAUUCGACCGAAGCCCAUACCUUCGAGGUGCUUUGAGGAUCCAUUCGCCGACUCUAGUAGGCAACUAGCAACAGCAGCUGCAUUGCAAGAUCAUGGGUGUUGCAUUCUGUUACUGGGUUCAAUUCGGAAUCGCUUUUAUUUCCGAACCAAGCCUGAACGCGGUCUAAGGUGUAUAAAGAUAUGUCUUAGGACGACCUUGCGUUUCUCUCGUCCCCGUCUCCUGUGCACAAGGACAAGCGGGGAACGCAGUAGAACUCAUGAUUUGUUAUCAACAGAUUCUUGAAAACUCCUAGGUGCUAUUUUUUGUCGGAGCGAGUUAGAUAAUCUGGUAGCAUUUAGUCAACCUGAACACCCAACAUCCUUGAGGGUUGCGUGAAUUCUCUUCCGAAUCAUGGUGAUAUGCAUAAUAUAGUACCUUGAUUUUUUCGUUGUAAUACUAUAUUUCCUUCAUUGCUUUCUCCCAUCUUCCAGGAAUCUACUGUACACCCCACGUUACCUGUUCAUGUGGCGAUGGGGGAGUAAAUUAACGGUAUCCAAGAUGCACAAUCUUGACAUCUUCAAUAUUUCUGCGGAUGGCCCACUGUUGUACUUGAAGAUAUUUUUCUUCCUAGAAAGAGUAGGGAGUUCAUGCACAAUAUCAUUUUAUUAAGACCUAUGCACGAUUAUCCCAGAUUGAGAUCUUUUGGGGAUACUAGUAAAAAAUUC